AUGAAUUACCGCUGUGUUUCAAACGUCGGAUUUAUCGAAAAAGUGCACAUUUCGAUUAAUUAUGGAUAUUAUAGAGACUUUAGGAUGAAUAUUAUACAAACUACAUAAACUAUAGAUACCAUAGAUUACAAAUACUGGAAAGAAUUACACCAAAACGCACCAGUUGGGCUAAAUUAGACGACAUUCCUAUGUCAUUAUUUUCUUGGAAGAAAUUCAAAAUAAAAAAUGGCAGACAGCAGAUCAGAGUACUCAGUAGAGUAUACAAAUGUUACGAGACAGAACGAAAGAGAUGUGCAUGAAUCAAACCAUGCUGACACUAGGAUAAUUUUAGUGGGGGAACAGUGCCAUAAUGAUAAAGUCUUACAGCAGGCUCUGAAGACGCUUGCAUUGAAAACUGAAGAAAUACAAGAGGACAAUGUACACAAAUAUACAAGUGAUAAAAGAUAUGACAAUAUUUAUGUCAUGGAAAGCUUUAGUGGUGAUCUGUUUAAGACAGUCUCCAAGGUGCAUAGACAAGGAACAGGAAGAGUCAUUGGUCCCCCUGUUAUUAUACGCUGUGCCAAAUUGAAUGAGCCCCUACCGAUCAACCCUCGUCCCUUAUACUGCAUGCUGAUGCAGCACCUCAUCCUAUGCUUCACUGGGUUCAAAGUCAAGGAAGAUCUGUCGCGACUGGCAGAUCUUGUUCAUCACAUGGGAGGCAGUAUCCGCAAAGACUUCAGUAGUAAAGUUACACAUCUCAUCGCCAAUUGCUCUGGUGGGGAGAAGUAUCGCCUAGCAACCAGUAUGGAUACACCAAUCAUGAUGGAGGAAUGGGUCAACAAACUUUGGUCAUUCCGACAUGAUAUUGAGAAGAAUUCACUAGAUUCUGAAAUGAUGCAGUACAAAGUCAAGCCAUUCUACAGUUGCAUCCUUAGCUUCAUUGGCUUCUCAAAGGAUGAGGUUUCUCACAUGGAAGAAAUUGCUGUUCAAAAUGGUGGUAGAGUUGUAGAGCAAGGCUUUCCUGAAUGUACACAUCUUGUAGUGGAUGGCCAUACUGUUAAAACAAUACCAUUCAUUACACACCCUAAAUUGAGAGUAGUCAAAGCAGAGUGGUUCUGGAGCAGUAUACAGAUCGAUGCUUGCGCCUCUGAGUCAAUGUACAGAUAUGAAACGGCAGAUGGACAUGCAUAUAGGACGCCAAGUAGUGCCACUCCAGGGAGCAUGGGGGGCUCCACCAAAACUCGUAAGAGGAAGCGUUUACGUGAUAAUCUCCACCAAUUGGCUUCAGAAGCCGAGGUCGAUUCGCCUGCUAUUGGACACGGACAGAAACGACGCUCUAAUGAACUUGGAAGGAUGUCAAUGAGUGGUGGGUCUUUCCUUGAUGCCACAUGUGAUGUAUCAAGAUUAGAUUCACCAGAACCUGUAGAGGUUCCCAAGACUCCCAUCACCCCACCUAACUCCAACAAGAUAUGCAAAAGACAACAGACUGUUCACGAGUUGUACCAUACUGAGAAAAACUAUGUUGGAAUACUGCAAACUAUUCUCAAGAUUAAAGAGGAUAUAGAGAAGCCAGACCAGCAAGGGGGUCCCCUUCUUUCCUCACAGCAUAUAAAAACAAUUUUUGGAACGAUACCCAAGAUAUGCAAAAUCCACGAGACAAUGCGAGACAAACUGUGUGAUUUGGCAACCACUUGGAAUGAAAAUGCUUCUAUAGGAAAAAUAAUUCUCGAACAGGCUGAUGAGCUUAUGAAGGCCUACCCACCAUUUGUUAACUUCUUUGAGAAUACAAAAGCCACUUUAACCCAAUGUGAUCAGACUAUACCAAGGUUCCAUGCUUUCCUAAAGGUGUGCCAAAGUAAACCAGAAUGUGGGAGACAGACCCUAGCUGAGCUAUUUAUUAACCCUGUACAGAGGCUGCCUAGAAUUGUCUUACUCCUUCAAGAUUUAUUGAAAAGAACCAGCAAAGGACAUUCAGACAUCUCACAUAUAGAAGAAGCCAUAAGACAACUAAAUAAAGUUCUCACGCUUAUCAAUGAGAAUAAGAGGAAGGCAGAUGGCCAGAAAGCAAUGUUUGACAUUGUAGGAGAGAUAGAAAACUGCCCACCAAAUUUAUUGUCGUCCCAUAGGUCUUUCAUUGCCAAAGUUGAUGUCAUUGAGCUGUCUGAUUCACUGAGUGGCAAAGGGGACCACAUCACACUGUUUUUAUUCAAUGAUAGCUUAGAGAUCUGUAAAAGGAGAACCAAGGUUUUGCUAUCCAAGAGUCCCAAUCCAACAAGCAAGGCCCCUAGUCAGAAGGCUUAUAAACACUUAGAGAUGCUACCACUCCAGGUUAUAAAGAGGGUAGUGGACAUUAUUGAAACAGAGGAUUGUAAAAACGUGUUUGCGCUAGUCUGGCGAUUUACAACUGAUAUGAAAGAGAGGCUGUACAGUUUCCUGAUUGAGAGCGAAGAUGUGAACAAAGCAGAGUUUCUAAAGACUCUAUGUAAACACAUGGCUAACACUGUAUGCAGGGCUGACUAUGAGAACCUGAUGGCAACUUUGAAUGCACAAUCAUUAGAUAUCAGUCUGUCAGAUAUUGGUCAGAAGUCCCUCAGAAGUCGUUUUGGGAAAAGAGUCAGCAGGGCUUUCUCAUUUAAACAGACCCCUCGUCACUUGAAACGAACAGUGUCUAGUAUUUCCCAGAGUCCAUUUGCCAGGCGUGAUAGCAAUACAAUGACUCCAAGAGGAGACCUAAAAGGGAUGAGAUUAGCAAGCACCACAGAUUUAACUGACCAAGAUUCCCCGCUUACGACUAUACCCAGUACUCCAAACCUGAGUGACUUGAAAUAUAAUACUGUCGGUCGUAUUGGACCUAAAAACCUGAAAAUGUGAUUAACACUUCACCUUCUGCUAUGGUACUCUACAUAGUAAAUGAGACAUUUCUCUAGGGCCAGUUUAUAUAAUCAAAACUACUGAAUAGCAGUAGAGCACAGCAAUCACAACAGACCAAAACAUCACAAUGUGCCCAACCAUCACAAUCGGCUAGAUCAUCACAACAGCCCACCCCAUCACAAAAGGCCAAGCAAUCAUAAACAGACCAAACCAUCACAACAGGCCCAAGCAUCACAAUUGGCCCAACCAUCACAAUUGACCAGACCAUCACAACACUGCAACAUCCCAAAUCAUCACAGGCCUAGCAAGUUAAAAACAAUACAGUAUAACUGCAAUUGCAAUUGUAGGCCUUGCAAGUUAGCAUUGGACCAAAGAAAUAGACUAUAAGACCAAAAUGGCACUGAGGCCAACAAAUUAUGCUUUCAGGUCAACACUUACAAAAGUAUGUUGAGCAAUUACUACAUUGGUCAAACAAGAUUCAGCAUGUUCAAUAAAAUUCACCAUUGCCUGACACAUUGAGCACAAAAUGACAUUCAUCAUGUGAUUAAAUAUGGAACAUUUUGUAAACAGUCGAACUUGUGUACUAUGUAUGCAUAUUUUGUAGAUUUUUUUAAUUAAGAAAUUGUAACCAGUGACAUUGUAAUAGUGCUAAAUAUUAAAAGGUCAGUAACAUUAUAUAACAUAUCGUAGUGAAAUCAUAUAAGUGUCAACCUUAUAUACAUUGCAGGGCUUUCGUUAGGUUUUGCCAAAGGGGGAUCAGUUUCUAAAAAAGAAUUGGCGUAAAUCACACGAAAAGUGCUCAAAAUAUUGAUAAACUGCAUGAUUUUGGAAGAACUUUUGGUCAGGAGCUCAAACCUCUGAAUCCAUUAAGAAAGAGCUGGGAAGAAAAGAUUGACACUGAAAUGUUCCCACUAAAACCUAGCAUGAUAGCCCUAUGUUGCCUUAUAUUUUACUUCAAAGUUGGUAGGACAUUAUGUGAGUCAAUAGCAGACAUGUAAUGCAUGCCAUUUAUAUUUUAAUAUGUAACUAUGAUAUAGACAAUGGACAAUAUAAGUCACCAUCAUGUAAAUACAAAACAUACACUACUGAUGUAUAUUAUAGUGUAUCUAUUUAUGAAGUAUCAUUGUUGAAUGUUGACAUUUAGAAACACAUAUAGCCCUUGGUAGUGUACAU